UCAAAGGAGCCAUCCAGACAGCGUCAUUCCACGGAACUGAAAUACCAGUGAGUUAGCCCUUGGGUCCCUAAAGGCCUGGAAAAUGGAGCCAAUAACAUUCAAAGCUAAGAAGAGUCCAACACCCAGUGAGUUCUCAGCAAGCUUCAGUCUCCAGCUUGUGGGUUCUCUGCCAGUGCAUUCGCUGACCACCAUGUCCAUGCUGCCGUGGAUCGUGGCGGAGAUCCGGAUGCUGAGUACAAAGUCUCCCAAAGAAGAGCCUGGUGCCAGCCAAAUCCGGCUCUAUGUGACACCAGCCAGCCUGCGCUGCGAGCCAGACACUGGGCAGAUCCAGCAGUGGGAUCCUUUGAUUUAUUCGAGUUUGUUUGAAUACAAGCCACAGCACGUCCACAAACUGAUUCACAACAGCCAUGAUCCGAGCUACUUUGCUUGUCUGAUAAAGGAUGGAGCAGCAAAUCAGCGGAGUAUCUGCUACGUGUUUAAAGCUGAUGAUCAGACAAAAGUGCCUGAGAUCAUCAGCUCCAUUCGGCAAGCUGGGAAAAUUGCUCGGCAAGAAGAGUUCCAGAACAACCUCUCAGAUGUUGAAGACCCUUUUGCCAAAAAGUUUGAGGUGCUGUUCUGCGGGCGGGUGACAGUAGCGCAUAAAAACGCACCUCCAGCACUCAUAGAUGAAUGCAUUGAGAAAUUCAACCGUGCGAGCUGUACGAAAAAGCCAGCCUCCAGCUCAUCAUCCCAGCAACACGAAACUGCCAAUAACUUCGGAGGCUUCUCUUUGAGCAACAAAUUUCGCUCCGUCUUCCAGCCCUUGGUCAGUGAAGAGGAGGAGAAAAGGCCGCUUAGGAAAUCCUAUUCUCAGCCUGGGCUUCGUUCCUUUGCUUUUAAGAAGGAUUUGCAAGAGGCAGGCCAAAGGAGUAACAGCUUUGUCAGGUCUUUUGAAGAAGAUGCUGUUUCACUGAACCUCAAAAGUCAGCUGGUGUAUGGCCACAGCGUCGUGCAGCCGACAGACAUGGCAGAGAACAGGACCAUGUUGUUUACGAUUGGGCAGUCUGAAGUUUACCUUAUCAGUCCUGACACAAAAAAAGUAGCAAUUGAAAAAAGCUUUAAAGAAAUAUCCUUUUGUUCUCAGGGAAUUAGACACGUGGAUCACUUUGGAUUCAUCUGCAGAGAGUCAUCAGAAAAUGGAGGCUUCCACUUUGUUUGCUACGUCUUUCAGUGUACAGAUGAAGCACUGGUGGAUGAAAUCAUGAUGACAUUGAAACAGGCUUUCACCGUAGCUGCUGUGCAGCAGACUUCCAAGGCACAGCCCCAGCUCUGUGAAGGAUGUCCUAUGCAGAGCUUGCAUAAACUCUGUGAGAAGAUAGAAGGGUUGCACCCUUCUAAGACUAAACUAGAACUGCAAAAGCAUCUAACAACACUAAAUAACCAGGAGCAGGCCUCUGUUUUUGAAGAAGUUAAGAAAUUAAGACCAAGAAAUGAUCAAAAAGAGAAUGAGUUGGUUAUGUCUGUUUUGAGAAACAUGUAUGAAGAAAAGCAGAAGGACCAUGUGCAUGUUGGAGAAGGAAAACAGGCUUCACAGGCCCCUGCUGAGAAUGCUGUAAAUGAGGUGCCCAGCAGCGCUCCGAGGUUCAGAUUAGAUAUGUUAAAGAACAAAGCAAAAAGGUCUCUGACAGAAUCCUUUGAAAGCAUUUUAUCCCGUGGCAGUAAAGCCAGAGGUCCACUGGACAGUUCUGCACCUGGAGAUUUGGACAACACCGUGUCCAGCACUUUAAGCAGGAUGAGUAAAGAUCCACCAGAGUGUGAAAAGGAGAAAGACAGACUUCCUGCACUCCCUGCAGAAAGCUCUGUCAAGAGCAGUGGGUCAGUGGGUGAUCUUUCCAACAACGCAGAUGAUUCUCCUCUUGAGCAGUCUGUCACGGUCCCUCAGCAAAGCUUUCGGAGGCGAGCCAACACACUGAGUCAUCUGCCAACAGAAAGCCAGGAGCCUCUGGUACCUGUUGAAACAUCUCCUUCUGUUCCCCAGAGGAAACUAAUGAGGUAUCACUCAGUGAGCACAGAGACUCCUCACAAAAGAAAUUCCUCUGGUCAACUUGCACGUUCUCCUACUCUAGCUCGUCUUAACCCCUCGGCCUCUUCACCCAACUUCUUUAAAUACCUAAGGCAUAAUUCAAGUGGAGAACCAAGUGGGCAUUUUGCACAAAAGAGCAUGUCCUACCGUACUGCCUUAAGGAAAAAGCUUCAUUCUUCCUCCUCUGUGCCAAAUUUCUUAAAAUUUCUGGCUCCUGUAGAUGAAAAUAACACCUCUGACUUUAGGAACACAACAAGUGACUACGAGUCCAAGCACAGCCAGCAGGUCGGUGGGGAAAGCCCUGUCAGGACUCGACGGCACUCGUGGAGGCAGCAGAUAUUCCUGCGAGUGGCAACCCCACAGAAAGCCUGUGACUCUCCCAGCAGAUAUGAUGAUUACUCUGAAUUGGGAGAACUUCCCCCAAGAUCCCCAUUGGAACCAGUGUGUGAAGAUGGCCCCUUCGGGCCAGUGAAGGAGGAAAGGAAACGGACACCCCAUGAGCUUCGCGAGUUGUGGAAGAAAGCCAUCAUUCAGCAGAUACUGCUCCUCAGGAUGGAGAAAGAAAACCAGAAGUUACAAGCUUCAGAAAACAAUCUGCAGAACAGACGUCUGAAGCUUGACUAUGAAGAAAUCACACCAUGCCUGAAAGAUGUUACUUUGAUUUGGGAAAAAAUGUUGAGUGCACCUGGAAGGUCAAAGACAAAAUUUGAUGUGGAAAAAAUACACUCUGCUGUUGGGCAAGGAGUACCACGUCACCACCGUGGAGAGAUCUGGAAGUUCCUAGCAGAGCAAUACCAUCUUAAACACCAGUUUCCAAGUAAACAACCACCGAAGGACACGCCUUACAAAGAGCUCCUAAAACAGCUAACUUCUCAACAACAUGCCAUACUUAUUGACCUUGGGCGCACCUUUCCGACGCAUCCGUACUUCUCAGCGCAGCUGGGAGCUGGGCAGCUGUCACUCUACAACAUUUUGAAGGCCUAUUCACUUCUGGACCAGGAAGUAGGAUAUUGCCAGGGCCUUAGUUUUGUAGCUGGAGUCUUACUACUUCAUAUGAGUGAAGAAGAUGCUUUUAAAAUGCUAAAGUUUCUCAUGUUUGACAUGGGCCUGCGGAAACAGUACCGUCCAGACAUGACAAUUUUACAGAUCCAGAUGUAUCAGCUGUCUCGACUCCUUCAUGACUACCAUCGAGAUCUCUAUAACCACUUAGAAGAACAUGAGAUUGGCCCCAGCCUCUAUGCUGCUCCCUGGUUUCUCACCAUGUUUGCCUCUCAAUUUCCCCUCGGAUUUGUAGCCAGAGUGUUUGAUAUGCUCUUUCUUCAAGGAUCAGAGGCUAUAUUUAAAGUGGCUUUAAGCCUCUUGGGAAGCCACAAGCCCUUGAUUCUGCAGCAUGAGAACCUAGAAACUAUUGUUGAUUUUAUUAAAAGCACUCUCCCCAACUUGGGUUUGGUACAGAUGGAAAAGACCAUUAGUCAGGUGUUUGAAAUGGAUAUUGCCAAGCAGUUGCAAGCUUAUGAAGUUGAAUACCAUGUGCUUCAGGAUGAGCUUAUAGACUCCUCGUUAAAUGACAAUCAGAGGCUGGAUAAAUUAGAGAAGGCGAACAGUAGCUUGCGCAAACAGAACUUUGAUCUCCUGGAAGAACUGCAGGUGGCUAAUGGAAAGAUCCAAAACCUUGAAGCCACAGUAGAGCUUUUAUUGAGCAAUGAAGGCAAACUGAAGCAGUCCAUUCUCACCCUUGAGCAAGAGAGAGCAGCUUUGCUGAAAGCAGUGGAAGAGAUGCAGAAGAAGAUUGGUGAUACUGAUGGGAAGCCUCUUCUGACUGGACAAGAACACAUGGAUGCUGACUGACAUUCACAGCUGUAAUGGAGCUGAGAAGCUGAGCAAGAAACAAAGGGAAGAAGUGGGUCUUUUUGUCACGAUCCCUGGGAAUUUGACAUUGUCACCUUCAUUGUACAUGCCUUACUGUAGCAAAGCAAGAUACAGGCAUGGAGGCUUCCCAUAUCAGAGAAGCUUGGGGAGAAGGUUCUUUCUUCAUAGUAUCUAGAAAUACUAUGAGCAGUAAGAUGCCUACUGAUAGUAAGCAGGACUUGUAAGUGCAGUCAUACACAGCACACUGUAAAGGUGUCAUGGAUUCUUCCAUAAGUGCUUCUGAAACCUAAGUGCACCUAAGUGCUUUGUGUUGAUCACAUACUUGGUUUGUGUGUGGAUCCACCACCAUGUUAAACAGUACAUCCUUGAGAAGGUCCUCUGGGGAAAUGCAGCAGUGUCAAACCUUUGAAGGGAUGGCUGCCCUGUUGCAGCUCUGUGGUGAUAACAUUGAUAUAGAGGUUUGUGACUGGACUUGAGAUGUUUUUAAGGGUGUAUUUCCCCUUCAGCUUGGCUGUUAAUGGUCUUGUUUAGGCUUCAGAAAAGUGCUUCCUGAUGCUUGAAGGUGCCACUCCAUUGGACUCCAGAGAGCUGGACCUCUUCCUAUGUAACUAUGCAUAGUUGAGGUUUGCUGUCUGUUUUUCUAAGUACAUUGUUUCAGAACAUUCUUUUGUUUAACAGCCAUUAAUUUAGAGCAUUGUUAGCUGGCAUUAUCUAAUAAGCAUCCUGUAUAUAGCAACUGCAUUAUGCUUUACAACACACACUGACAUGGGUUUGGUGAGGCCUGUGACUCCUGCAACAGCAUCCAUGGAGCUAGGCUCAAGACUUUUCAAAUUUCAUCUUAUUUAUUUCUGAUCUGCUGUGUGAUGGGAGGCAUCCUUUUGAUGGGAGACUAAUGCCCCUUUCUAUCAUUUUUUUAUUCCCCUAAUUUGGUCCUCUGUCCCCUCUCAAAUGUUAUUCUUGAAGACUUUUUUCUUUUCUUUUCUUUUCUGAAGUAGUGGAGGCAUUUCAAGAGCUUCAUGUUGUGCCAGAUAUGCUUAAACUGGUUUAGAAAGGGUCUGAAAUAGGUCACCAUUCUUUUUCACAAAGCAGCUUUGAAGAUUACACAUGUUAAAAACUAAACAGAUAAUUCUUCUUUUCCUUAAUACAGUGAAUGUUUCCAGGCCAGUUAGGAAGCACCACUGCUGCAAGUGCAAUAAUAUCCAUGGAUAUCCAGUUGUUUGGGUUCGCUUCACAGUUAGGAGUAGUACCACAGUUUUCUUCAGUUCCCCAAGAACAGAGUUCAUCCACAUUGGUGUUGUGUUAGGCUGGAGAUCCAAAUUUUUUUUGCCAGGUUGUGUUUGGGUUUGGUUAGUUCU